UACAAGACACGAAAUGAAAUAUUUUCAUUCGCUGACAGCUUACGUUACAGCCUUACAACCUUAUGGCUCCUGCACACAGGACGCGGAAACGCUUGCCGCGCGAAAAGAAACGACGCGGUAAAGAGAAUUGGUUUUUCCGGCAUUCACACAGCACGCGUUAUAGCUUAUAUGCGCAUGCGUAGAUAUAGUGUCAUUAUAACCUCUAUUAUAAUAAACAUACAUUUGCAAAAAUUGUUAUACGAGUAAUAGAAGUUGUAUAAUAAAAGUUAUGAAUGAAGCAAGAUGUCGAAUAUUACUUUUAUGUUUAUUAUAUAUAAGACAUCGAAAAAGAAAAGAAAUGAUAACUAAGCGAAAAUAUUGGGUACACCCGAUAUUCAAACUGAAGCAACAGCAAGGAGACUGGCACAAUUUAGUCCGCGAAAUGAUUUUACAAGAUGAUGAUACAUAUUUUACUUAUAUGAGGAUGACACCUAGUAUGUUUGAAUAUUUAUUAUCAAAAGUUGGACCUACGAUAACAAAAAUGGAAACACAUUGGAGAAAACCUAUCUCACCAGCUGCACGAUUGUCAAUGACUAUACGUUAUUUGGCAAGUGGAGAUGGAUUUCAUAGUAUUUUACUUAGCUAUAGAAUUGGAAGAAGUACUACGACGUGUAUUAUAAGAGAAACUUGCGAGGCUAUAUGGAGUUGUCUACAUAAAGAAGAAUUAUUUACGCCAACAACAAAUGGGUGGCAAGAAAUAGCUCAUGAAUUUGAGAAUAAAUGGAACUUUCCAAAUUGUAUUGGUGCUUUGGAUGGGAAGCACGUAUCUAUAAUUUGUCCUAAGAAAGCAGGGAGCACUUAUUAUAAUUAUAAAGGGUUCCACAGCAUAGUGUUAUUGGCGUUAGUGAGUGCAACGUACAAAUUUUUAAUUGUGGACAUUGGCGCUCAAGGAAGGCAUAGUGACGGAGGAAUUUUUAAAAAUUCAGCUAUGGGACAACGAUUUUAUAACAAUAAUAUGUAUUUGCCUGAUCCUUCUGCUAUUAGUAACAGACAUAAUGUUCCAUAUGUUAUUGUAGCUGACGAGGCAUUUCAGUUGAAUUCAUUUACAAUGCGACCAUACCCAUCGAAAAAUUUAACAAAACAACGCAUAUUUAACUAUAGAUUAAGUAGAGCUCGACGAGUUGUUGAGAAUGCAUUUGGAAUAUUAGUUACUCGAUGGCGUAUUUAUCAGAAACCUUUAAACACCAGUCUUGUAACAAGUGAUGCAAUAAUAAAAGCAACAGUCUGCUUGCAUAAUUUAUUAAUGAGUACUUCAAAUUACUGUGGAGGAAAUUAUGCUGAUCAAUUAUUAGCAAAUGGCCAAAUAAUUGAAGCAGAAUGGAGGCAAAAAUACGUCAAUAGUGAUAAUUACAGGAAUAAAAGUUUUGGUAAUAAUAACUACACUAGAUAAGCUGGUGAAAUUCGGACAAUUUUUACAGAGUAUUUUAUGAACGAGGAAAAAAUCCCUUGGCAAGAAGAUAUUAUGUAGGCAAGAGAUUGUUAUCAUAUUGUAAGUUUGUGUAUUAAUUA